AAGGCGCUCCCAACAAAACCGUUCCUCCCGCCCUCACCACCUCCCCUAACUACUCCCCCGCCCUCCCGCCCUUCCUUCCUCGGCAAGCCCUAGGGUUUAGGGCUCUAGGCACCGCGAUGUACGGCGGCGGCGGGCACUACGACGGCGGCGGUGGCGCGGCGAAUGCCAACUCCCUCUUCGGCGGCGGGGGAUUCAUGCCCUCGCAGUCAACCGCGGUCCCGGAGAGCAGCGGCGGCGGCGGCGGCGGCCUCUCCAAGGGCCGGAACGCGCAGACGCUGCUGCCGCUCACCGUGAAGCAGAUCAUGGACGCGGCGCAGGCCAGCGACGACAAGUCCAAUUUCGCCAUCAACGGCGUCGAGGUGUCCACGGUUAGGCUUGUUGGACGCAUGCUGGGUAAGAUUGAGCGGGUCACCGAUGUUGCGUUCACUCUUGAUGAUGGUACUGGCAAGAUAGAUGUGAAUCGCUGGGAAAAUGAGUCUUCCGACACUAAGGAAAUGGCUGAUGUCAAUGAUGGGAACUAUGUCAUUGUCAAUGGUGGUUUGAAAGGUUUUCAAGGAAAGCGCCAUGUCGUUGCUUACUCUGUUCGGCGUGUGACAAACUUCAAUGAUAUAACACAUCACUUUCUGCACUGCAUUCAUGUGCAUUUGGAACUCACCAGGUCAAAGCCUCGGUUGCCGCCGCAAAUAAAUUCUAGUACAGCAACCCCUGUACAUGCUAACCAAGUUCAGCUCCCCAAUAAUCAGGCUACAGCAUUCCCAGCAUCAGGAAAUACUGCUGAAAAUGAUGUAUCCAGCUUGAUCAUGAAUGUUUUUCAUGACCCAGCAAUCAUAGACCGGGAGGAUGGGAUAACUGAGGCAUAUGUCAUAGAUCGUCUUAAGCUACCAGUGGACUUAGUCAGGAAGGUCUUCCAAGAACAUAUUGACGCUGGCAACAUUUACAACACGAUCGAUGACCUCCAUUUCAAGUCUGCCUUGAAUGGCUGAUCAUGUUUCAGGCCUGUGUCAGGCUCCGUGUAGGUGUGGAGCCGUUUCAAGCAAGAAGUGUAUGCGCUCUGCAGGAUUGCCUCGCAGAUCUUGCAUACAUUCAGAAGGGAACCAACAGCUUACCGGCUAGGUUAAGUUGUGUAGCUAGGUACAGUUCCCUUAUUCCAACAAGUUAUCUAUGUAAUGGAGUAAUGGACCCUGCGAGUAGGCUAGGUCUCCCUUCAGGACAUCUGUUGUGUUUGCUACUCCAGUAACCCUGUGUAAAUCACCCGUGUUUUGUUUCUCUGCCGUGGCGUGUCUUAUGAGUUAUGGCCA